GUAACUCCUAAAUAAAAGGGCAAGGAGUCGUUUGGAGAAUCAGAACGGCUAGGGUUUCACGAUGCCGAGCUUUAACGCGGUGCAGAAGCAGAGGCGAGCGGCAAUAGCCGAUCGAAAGAGAGCGGUACACGGCGAUCCCGUCACCGGAAAGCUUAAGCAGAAACCUCAACCACUCUCCGUCUCCGGCAAGCGUAAGCGCAAGCUCUUCAAAAAAUGGCGCAGGGAGCAAAAGGAGGCCAUGGAGAAAGGUUUAAUCACUAUGGAAGAUGUUGAGAUGGCUGUAGCUGAUGGGACAGCUUUGAAUGCCAAUAAGCAUCCUGUGAAUUUCCGAGUAAAGAAGAGUUCAAAGCUUAAAUUGAAGCAGCUCAAGAAGAAGAAAGGUAAGAGCAAAACAAAAUCCGAAAAACAAGCUGCAGAGACUUCUGGGGAUGCCAUGGUAGAGUGAAAGGCAAAAGCACAAUGUGGAGUUAUUAUAAAAUCAUGUACUAACUACAUAGUUUGACAAUGUAGUCUGGUUCAAGUUGUUUUUGUUCACUCCUAUAUCUUAUUUUUUGUAUGCAAUGGUGCCCAAUCAUGAAUGAAUGAAUGAUACAGUUCCUAUUAGUGAUUCCAA